GAGCCGACCGACAGACGAUAACUUCCUGUCGAAAAAGCAGCAAGUUGGAGAAGUGAACACGAUUUUAAGUUUGGAAAAUGCCAACAUAUAAAGUUAAUGUCAAGUGGGGGAAGGAGAAGUUCAGUGAUGUGGAGUGUAACACAGACGAGCCCCCAAUUGUCCUCAAGGCUCAACUGUUCGCUUUGUCAGGUGUCCAGCCAGAGAGACAGAAGGUCAUGAUGAAGGGAGCUGUUUUGAAGGAUGAUGACUGGGGAAAAGUGAAACUGAAGGCUGGCGCCAUGCUCCUGAUGAUGGGAACAGCAGAGGAACUACCCCAGGAGCCGGUGGAGAAGACAGUAUUCAUGGAAGAUAUGAGUGAGGAACAGCUGGCAUCUGCACUGGAGAUUCCUAGUGGUCUGACCAACCUUGGAAACACCUGUUAUAUGAAUGCUACCAUCCAAUGUCUUCGAUCAAUUCCAGAACUCACAGAUGCCCUGAAAAAGUACAAAGGGGACAUAACCUUGAGUGGAGCCGCUCCUCCUGCUGAAUCCAUCACAGCAGCAAUGAGGGACCUGUGUGUCUCUGUAGAGAAAGCGGGAACAGCCAUUCCUCCCAUCAUCUUUCUCCAAGUACUACACACGGCAUAUCCUCAGUUUGCUGAGAAAUCUGAACAUGGAGGCUAUGCUCAACAGGACGCCAAUGAGUGUUGGACUGAAAUAGUCAGGUGCUUACAACAAAAGGUCAAAGUGCCAGCAGUCCAGGGAGCUGAGGCUGGAGCAUCAAGUAGUGCCUCAUUUAUAGAUAAAUAUAUGGGCAUCGACUCUGAAGUGACGCUCCAGUGUCAGGAGGCCGAGGACGAACCUUCCACCAAGUCAAUAGAGAAGCUUUACCAGCUCAGCUGCUUCAUAGAGAAAGAGGUCAAAUAUAUGCACAGUGGAUUACGAAAUAGGUUAGAAGAGGCUAUCACUAAGCAUUCCCCAACCUUAGGGAGAGAUUCCCUCUACAAGAAGAGUAGUAAAAUAAGCAGAUUACCUGGAUACCUAGCUAUUCAAUUCGUGCGAUUCUACUAUAAAGAAAAAGACAACAUUAAUGCCAAAAUUUUGAAGGAUGUAAAAUUUCCCAUAAGUCUGGACAUGUACGAACUGUGCACACCAGAACUACAGGAAAGGCUAUCAACAACCAGAGACAAGUUUAAGGAAAUGGAAGACAGGGAUGCAGAAAGGCUGCAAAAGGAAAAAGAAGCAGGACUAGUGAAACAAAAGAACGAAGCUGAUAUAAAACAUACAGAUAAGGAAACAGAACCAUAUGAGUUUGAAAAUGAUCCUGGAUCCAACAACAGUGGUUACUAUGAGUUAAAUGCUGUUCUGACGCACAAGGGAAGGUCCAGUUCUAGUGGUCAUUAUGUCGCUUGGGUCAAGCGGAAAGGAGAUCAGUGGUUCAUGUACGAUGAUGACCAUGUGACCCCUGUGACCUCUGAGGAUGUGUUGAAGCUGUCAGGAGGCGGUGACUGGCACUCUGCCUAUGUUCUGCUGUAUGGACCUCGCAUUCUGGUCAAAGAGGACGACAAAGCAAAGGAAACACCGAUGGAGUCCUAGUGUAAAAUCGAAAAUAAUAAUGUGAAGGUGAUGUUGACACCAUGGUAUGACUGUUGUCAAGGUGAAAUAUGUGGAACGUCCAGACACAUUUAUUAAGCUUAGUUACCCAUGUAGGUGUGGCUGUGUCCCCUACAACACACAUUCCUCCACCUCAUUACACUCUUCUUAGGAGAAAUCUAUCAGGUCCUGGAGAUGGUCUACAAAAUAUGCGUUUCCUAAAAGGAAGCUACAGGUAUUGGAAAUUCUGAACUUCUAGAGAGAGAGCUGCAAUUCUUUGGGCAAGAAAUUUAUAAUUCUUGGAGAAAUCUGCAUUUCUUGGGAGAUUUGUAUUUCUUGGAAGAAAAUCAACAGUUCUUGGCCUUGAACAAAUCAUCUGUACGUGGAGACAAUUACACUGUCAUUGGUCUUUGUCUUUAUUUAAGCUACGCUUUUACCAAUGUUGUCUUCUUUAAUUAAAGAGAUGUUAUCUUACGGAAUAAGUGCUAUCGUUAUAUUACUUGAAUAACAUAAGUGCUAUCGUUAUAUCUUACGGAAAAAGUGCUGUUACAAGUGCUUCUGUGAUGCUAUUUGUGGAAUAUUUCUCUGGCAAUGCUAAUUAGCAUCUGAUUUUUCAACAAUUUCUUUGCCAAAACUUUAUUUUCAAAAGUGAUUUUUCGCUGCCACCACAAUUAAAAACAUGACACUUUGGUUUUGAGAGUAAUAACAAUGUAUGUUGUCAUCGAAUAAACAUAAAAGAAUAAACAUCUGAUGUUUACAUUUAUUUAUCUGAAUCAUCCUUUGUAAAUACUGUCUUCGCUUUGGAAAUUGAUAACUUUUUUCCCAUAUGUACACAAUUGAUGGACCAGGUUGUAUUGUGAAUUCAUUCGUUAAUUUUUAAAAGAGACCCAUGAUUGUUUCAUAAGCUAAUAAAGCUUGCUCAUUUAAUUGUGAUAAUCGUGAAUAAACAUGCAGUUAAUCUUA